AUGGGCCAACCAAAGGUUGCUACGUUGAAUGAUCUCUCUAUAAGAAUAAAUCAAUGUCCCAAGUGCGGAAAGUUUUUUUCAAGUUGGAGGAUCCUCUAUCAGCACCGGAGAUCGGUCCACCCGAAAGAAACACGUCAGCAACACGAUGAGUGUGGGACGUUAUUCUGUGGAAGAUCUGGUUCGCAUAGGCACCUCAGAACCGCACACGCGAAAGCACAGAGUCACGUUCGCGGGCAAUGCAGAAAAUGUUUCACUGGUCUGGGCAAUUUCAGGAAACACGUUGAAAACAACCAGGCAGUCAUAAAUGCGGCCUGUGUAUUAACAAAUUACUUCAGCUGGGGCUUACCUUUUCCGGUCGGUGGGAAAUUCAGGCCAGUGAAACAGCCCAGUCAAUUCGGACAGGCAAGCGCCAAACGGACGCUGGUAAAGGCAAUUCGCAGGAGCGAACAGACGAAGACACCAGAGAGGACCUCACGUGUAUUUCGUAUGCCUCAUAAUUCGCUUCACUGUGGGCAGCUAACAGACAUCAAAAUAUGCACAUGCACGCAAACAGUGCUUGUGGACCUCACAUGCCUGCAAGAAACAUCCAGAACAAGUGCCACAACCAGAGCAGAGAAAGUCCUCGUCCCGAAUGGGGAACACGCUUUUCAAGCUGGGAUACCUUGUUUCAGCACUGGCGAUCUGUUCACCGACAGGAGCCGCGCUAGCACCGUGGCGAAGUUGGACCGGGUUCUGCCGAAAACGGAACUUUGA